AUGAUCGGUAAGAGAUGGGGACUCAACCCGAAAAUCACCCUCUGGCUCUACAAGACGAUAGUCCGGCCAAUGCUCUGCUACGGUGCUCUGGUCUGGUGGCCAAGAACAAACCUAGGCAACGUGCGAGACAAACUACAAAGACUCCAAAGGCUCGCAUGUGCGGCUAUCACUGGCUGCACGAAGUCUACUCCGACGGCAGCCAUGGAGGUCAUGUUGGGCCUUCCACCGCUAUACCUGCACAUACAGCAGGAAGCAAGCUUAUCAGCGGUAAGGUUAAAUACACUCAACAUCUGGUCUAACACAGGAGUUCUUCACACAAAAUGCCUGGAAAAAGUAUACGACGAAUUCCCAAUCCUCAGGUCAGGUACGGAUCGAAUUCAAAAACAUGUCAUCUUCGAUAAAAGGUACAAGAUACAAUUAUACGAGGACGACAACUACGAAGGGCUCAAUCCCAAGGAGCUUAGAAUCUUCACAGAUGGGUCGAAAACGGACAACGGGUCGGGCUCUGGGACUUUCUCAGAAGACCUGAACAUGUCGAUUACCACUCCGCUAGGAGCUCACAACUCGGUCUUCCAAGCUGAGUGCAUGGGCAUCAUUAACGCGGCAGCUGCUAUAACUGCAAGGAAGGUAGUAGGAUCCUCCAUCCGCAUAUUCUCUGACAGUAGAGCAGUCCUUAUGGCUUUAAGGAGCCAUUUAAUUACAUCCAAACUCAUACACGAAUGCCAUAAACGACUAAUGGAGGUAAGUCAUAAAAACGAGAUCAUCCUACAAUGGAUCAAGGGACACAACGGAUCCCGAGGUAAUGAUGCUGCAGACGAGCUAGCCAGACAGGGGUCGAGUGCGGGGGCCAUUGGCCCAGAACCAAUUCUCCCGAUACCCUUCAGCAAGGUACGCUCAAUGCUACUAUCAUAUACAGGGAAACUACACACAGCACACUGGCUAAACCAGACUGGAUGCAGGCAAUCGAAAAUGGCCAUGCCCAGCAUCAGCGAAAAACUCACAAGAACGCUCCUUCAACUAGGGAAGGUCCGUCUGAGAAUGGUAACCAGUGUCAUAACAGGUCAUGGACUAUUUAACAAACAUCUUUUCAUAACAGGUGCUACGGACAGUCCCCUGUGCCGAGGGUGCAUGGAGACAGAGGAAACAGCUGCUCACGUGGUGCUGGAGUGCAGCGGGGUGGCUCCAUACAGGGCAAAAUAUCUCGGAUCUCCGAGAGACCUCCCCGAGGUCCUACUCAACAUCAAGGGUCUGGUAGGAUUUCUGGUAGGAGUUGGGAUGGCAGGACUAGCCAACCCCUCCCUCAUAUCACGCAAAAUAGGCGCUAGACGUCGAGUUGAGGAAAAUCGCCCGUUCUACAAUACAAUACAAGGGGGUAUAUCUUUACAGGUGUCACUCAUACAAUCAAAGAUUUGUUCAUUCCAUUCGUGGCACAGCUUCCUUGAAUCGACCUGUACAUUCUAA